CAAUUCCAAGGAUCAAAGAAAAUCCGUAGGGUUCAUUCCACCUCUGAUUAUGCAAUGAGUUAGCGAUAAUGUCUUCCGUAGGCCUCCCCUAGUCCAAUAAUUAGCCACUUUCGACAAGGAAGUCUCGGUAUAGCUUGUGGUCACUUGAAUAAGAAGUAAGGCGAAAGGCCACGACCUUAGAAUUGACUUAUGAUGGAGGAUUGGAGCAACAACCCGUGGCUGCUGAAAGGCGACGACGAGGGCUUCCACGUCGACGAUUGCGUUUACGAAGAAGACGAAAUCAGUUACGCCGUCGACGACGACGAUUUGCUUCCCUGGGAGCAGCAUGUAGAGCGAGUGCACACGGCGACGGGCGUCGUUCAAGUGACGGUGUGCGGCGAUCGCGCGAACCCGCCUCUGAUAACUUACCAUGACGUCGGACUCAAUCACUCCACCUGCUUUCAGGGCCUCAUGCUCUGCGCGGACACUUCCUCGCUGCUUCUCAGAAACUUCUGCGUAUUCCACGUCGACGCGCCGGGCCACGAGGAGGACGCGGAGGAGAUCCCUUCGUCCCAGCCGCUGCUGUCAGCGGACGACCUGGCAGAGCAGGUGGCGGAGGUCGCCAGGCACUUCGCCCUCGCUGAAGUCACCCUCCUUGGAGUCACAGCUGGCGCCUACGUCCUCACGCUCUUCGCACUGUCUCACCCUCACCUGGUGCGGGGUCUCAUUCUCGUCUCUCCGCUUCUCUCCGCGCCCUCGUGGUCUGAAUGGGCGUACAACAAGGUAACAAUGAACGUCCUCUCCUAUUAUGGCAUGACGUCAUACAUCAAGGACUCGCUCUUUGACCGAUACUUCUGCCCGGCCAGGUGGGGCUUCCACGGUCCAGCCUCAGAUGCUCUCAUGUCCUUCAGAAGGGAGCUGGACUACCACGAGCCAGAGAAUCUGAUGCGCUACUUCUACGCCAUUCAGAGGCGCAGGAACCUCCUGCCUCUGCUCUCCUCGCUGCAGGUGCCGGUGCUGCUGGCAGUGGGCGACAUGUCCCCUUUCAACCUCCAGGCACGGACGGCCUUUCACCACCUGCGAGCCAAGGUCUCGGCUGGUCCCUCGGAGUCCAAACUCAAAUGGGAGGAUGAGAAGGAAAGUGGGGUGGAAGAGGAGGAAGAGGAGGGCGGGAAUGCGAGGGGCAGAAGAGGUCGGGAAAAGCAGGCGGCAGCCGUGUCAAGAGACCAUCAAGGGGGGGCUGUGGGUGACCGAGUCAGGCGGAGAGGAGGGAGGAUAUGCGAGUGGAGAGAGUGCGAGGAGAGGGGGGGUAACGAUGGAGUCGCGUUGGCUGGGGAAGACCAGGUGGGGCGAGGGUCAGAGGAAGGGUGGACGGGGGGGGCGGAGAGGGACUGGGAAAGGGAGCAGGAGAGUGAGAGUCAAGGGAGCAGCACACGGAUGGAGGAUUGGCAGAAGGGCGGAGGGUGUGUGCUGUGGGUGGAGGUGGAGGCGUGUGGGUCUCUGGUGACGGAGGAGCGACCGCACACUCUCUUCCCCUCUCUCUGCCGCUUCGUGGCUAAACUGCGCCCCACACAGUACCAGCAGUGGCAGCAGUGGCAGCAGCUCCCAGCCGCACAGUGGAGUUUGGCGCCCUGCCCCUUCCAGAGAGGUGCCACUGAUGCUGAGGCGUCUGGUGGGCUGGCAGAGGAACGGGGAAAAGUCGAGGGGGAGGCGCAAGAGGGCGAGCAGGAUCGGCAGCAGCAAAAUCAGUUGCAGCAAUGGCAACGAGUGCAUCGGCAGCAGCAAGUGCACUCAACGGCGCCAUUGUUAAGAGAUCGAAGCCACCGUGAAGCUCCCUUCUGCAUCCCUCUGUUUUCACAACACUUGACUCAGGAGCAACAUCAAGAGAAACAGCAGCAGCAUCGAGAAAAACAGCAGCAGCAGCAGCAGCAGUCGAGUGUGGUUCAGUCCAGCCAAGCAUGGCCAUCCCACACCUCUAAAGCUGCCAACCUUGUCUGCACCAUCCCUUCCCCCAUCACGUCACACCCCUUGAAGUCACCGUCCCUCUCAGGCUCCCAGCUGCCUUCUCCCUCCUCCAUCCCUCCUCUUAUCUCCCCUUCCACCUCCACUCCUUCCACCUGCACCCCAUCUGUUACCACCCCCUCCACCAGUGCUCAGUCUGUCUGCACCCCCUCGGCCCGCACCCCCCUCUUCUGGACUCCUGGCUCCACUCCAGCAGACCUGUCCCCGGCUCGCAUGCUCCCACCAUCCGCUGUCAAUCACCCACCCUUGGUAAAUCGCAGUGGUAGCGUCUCCGAAGCUGGGUUGGUUGCACUCCUACUACCAUCGGAAGCAGGAGCAGCUGGGAAGGGUGUUGGGAAGCAGAUGCUUUCGAGAGGGUGCCGGUGUGUUGGUGUGCCGGGGAGUGAGGUGGAAGGGUUACGCAGUGGGGAGGAGGUAUCAGGGGAGCGGGAGCAGUUGUUGCGGCUGGAAUGUGAGAGGGCGAGACUGCGGCCGGUUCGCAUCCAUGGCGUGGCGAGGCGGUGGGAGGAGGUGGUGCCGCAGACGGGCUUUGAGAUGUGUGGGUCGCCCACAAGCUGAGUGUGGCACUGGUGUGCUUGGAAGCCAUGUGGGGUGGCUGCAUGUCUUCCUACAAAUGAACAAGUGACUUUUGAGUCGACUCAAAAGUCUUCCUCCCAAUAAAGAGGAAUAAAGACGAGGGCUACAAGCUCUCUCGGCGGCACAAGCGGCCUCCGAACGAGCCCUCUCAGCACAAGCUCCCUCAGCGGCACGAGCUCCCACAUACAAGACUCGGUGUGUUUCACCGUUUGCUAAGAAAGCGAAAGCGCCUCAAUCGCUCCGCAUGGAGCAUUUGUAGUGGCUUGCUGUGUAGGGUUGCUGGCUGCAUAAUAAGAUGUGCCUAAUGUAAUGUCCUGUAUGAAACAUCUGAGAAUCUAAUAAAUAUUUUAUUAUAUG